CGUACUACGUGACGUUUUAUUGGGACCAGGAAUUUGUCAAUGAAGAAUUGUCUCUCUUUACAUAAUCCCCAGGCGGGUUUCCAAGCCACGACUUUCCGUAAAAAUGGUAAUUGCAUUUGUCGAAGAUGUAACGUGUAACAUUGCCACUCGAAACAUAAAGUUUGUUUUAAAACGUCGUCUAGGUUUUAUAUUUUCGUGUUAACACGAAAAUAGAACAUACUUACUUGAUUAGCAAAUCAGAAAACUAGUAGCUAAUGAGUAUGUAUGUAUGUUAUGUAUACGUAUGUGUACAAACGCCAUGCCAUCGUUCUCGUACUCGUAUACGAUCUAUUGAGCUUUGUUGCGCUUUCAGUUGUUGAUUGGAAGAUCCUGCUUCCAAACUAUCGUUAUUUAAUCAACAGUACCAGUUAACAGUUGUAGGCUAAGUACCAAGUAAAUGACAACUUUUCAUUAUUUAUUAUAGUACUGAUCGUUCCCAAUAUGAGGUAAAUUUACGGAAUUAAAGCCAACGUUACUGUAUAACCUCGGUUGUUUUUGUGAUUUGGAUCAUACUAGUGUUGUUCGAUAAAUACUUUCUUCCUGACAAAAAGUGCUUGUUAAAAACAAUAUUUUAAAAUGAGCAUAAGGCUUUUAAAAGACCCUGCUACCGUGAGUAGCCGGAUCUUUGUGGGUCAUCUGCAAACAGAUGAUAUGACCAAACAUGAGCUAGAAGAACAUUUUUCUAAGUAUGGAACUGUCAUCGGUUCUUUAAUACAUAGAGGUUUUGGCUUUGUUCAAUUUGAAGAAGAACAAUCUGCUCAGAAAGCUAUUCAGAAUGAGGAUGGAGCAAUGUUCAAGGGCAGACGAAUAGAUGUCAGGCCAGCAAAAAAAGACAAUCAGUCUGGUGGAGGCAGUGGAGGCCCGAAACAAAUGGCAGCAGUACCUGAUAAUCAAUUUAAUUCUGGCAGUAAUCAUUUUAAUGCUUCGAACGAUUCCUUCAACAGUGGAAAUCCAAAUUUUGGUGGAAAUCCAAAUUUUAAUGCAAAUCAAAACUUUAGCUGUGACCCACAAUUGAAUGAUAAUCAGAAACCAAACAUUCAGAAUCGAGGUGGCGGAAGUGAUCAGUUUUCUGAUGGAAACCAGAAUAGAGACAGUGGAAAUGAUCAAUUUGGGAAUCAAAAUCGAAAUAAUGUAAACGAUCAGUUUAAUAACAUAAUGCAAAAUAAAGGGAACAAUAAUUUCAUGCCGAAUAAUCAGAAUAGGGGCGGAGGUGAACAGUUUAAUCAAAACAGAGGAGGUAAUCAAUUUGGGCCAGGUGGAAAUCAGAAUAGACCUGGUAACAAUCAAAAUCGUAAUGCGAAUAAUCAGAAUCAAGGAAGUGGUGGUAAUAGUGGCACUGGUGGCGGAAGACAAAGAGGAACUCGAGGUGGAAAAAAUCGAAAUAAAAAUAGGGACAACUCGGGCGGAAAUAAUAACUUUAGAGAUCGCAGCCCUAUCAAUAGAAACCCUGGCCGUUUAGACGAGAAAAGUGGUAGAGAUUGGGAUCACAAACAAGGAGACAGAUUGAGAGGCAAUAACUUUGCCAGAGAGUCGUUCAACGAUACUAGUAAUCGCUACGAAGAUUUCAAGAGCCCUGCCCCUAGAGACAUGAAUAUGAGCUUCAACAAUACAACCUCAUCAGGCGAGUACACGAAUACGACCACCGAGAAGAAUGAUUGUGAAAUUAUUGUUGUUAAUAAAUCCUUAACCAGGGAAUAUGCUGAGAGCAUUGAAAUGAGGUUGAAGAAGAUUGGACUGACGGUAGAUUUAUUGUUCCCCAACGAGGAUGUUCUCCUUAGUAGAGUUCUAGGAAAUAUUGCAAGCCGUGGUUGCUUGUAUGCAGUUGUGGUCACACCUGUUAAUCAAGAACAUCAUUCCCUAACUUUGAAUAUUCUUCACGGUUUACCUCAAGAACAUAGGAAUAUGCCGGUUGACGAUGCCAUUAAUUUAAUGUCGCGCGACUUUACCACAUACAAAGCUGGUGCACGAUCAGUUCCAUUGAACACACCUUUCGCCAAUGAACGGCAUCCCGACGCUAUUCAAGUCCUUUUGAACAUGUUGGCUGAUAAUCAUCAGUUGACAGUACUGCAGUACGACCGUGUUAUAAAAUAUCUCGAAAUAAAACGCGAAGAGCAAGUGCAAGUUGAACUGGGAGACGCGAAAGAUUUGCCGACGACCACGCCGACGAUCACAGUCAGCGAUCCGAAGCAAGCAGAGUUGCAAUCUAGGAUACUUAAUAUAUUAAACAGUAAUAAAACGAAUUCAUCAGUACCUGUACCUAGUCCAGUACCAGCGCCGACUGCAGCACCGACACCUGUCCCGCCAGCUACUUGGGGAGCAGCAGCAUCCACUGUCACAACAUCGACAACAACCACUGCUACGGGAGUUGCACCGUCGCCUCUGCUAAAUGAUCCGACGGUUCAAAAGGCACUUGACAGCCUAUUACAAGGCAAUUUGCUGAAAAGCAUCAGCGAUCAGCAACCGGCUACAACCACGACACCUCUGUUCGCUGCUUUUUCGAAUAUCGGCCGAUUUUAGAUCAUCCCGAUUUUAUUUAUUACACUAUUGAACAAACUGAGACUUUGAUCUUUUUCUUUUCACGCCGACAUCCUCGCGUGACGAACAAUUUCACUUACUUUAUAAAAUAAAAAUCGUCUGAUGAAUUUAAUACUUGCUUCUGAUAAUGUUAGCAGAUUUAUAUGUAUAUUUGACAGAUUCUUUUUUAAAAUGUACAAUUAAUAUAAUUUGUAAAUUGGACGAAUAGUUCCAUAUUUAAUUUACGAGGACAGGUACGUUAGUCUGUUUUCAUGUUCGAUUCUUUCACUCGGGAAAUGAAUAUUUCGCUUAAUACAAUUUUAUGUAUUAUACAGAAUCAACAUAUUAAAUGAUAAUGUAAUUUUCAAUUUUAGUUAAUAUCUUUUACAUUUUUCUUUCUAUGAAUAAUAGAAAUCAUGAUUAAAGAACAAGAUAUAAAUGUAUGCUAUACAUUAAUAUUAUACAUUGAUCAGUAAAUAGUUUGCUGUAAUAGAACAUUUCGAUAUGUAACGCAUUGUCUCAGUAAUCAAUAAUUUUAAUAAAUGAGUUUGUUAGCAGUUCACACUCCUGAUUUAUCGGCAUUUAUCGUUCUGAUUUUAACGCAUCACUUGUGCUGCUGUUGGUUUUAUCAGCUUCACAAAAUGAUUACAAUGUCCCAAACUGAGAUUAGUAAAAGAGUAUUUAAAUAAAUUUACGAGACAUGUGGACGAAAAAUGAUCUAUAUUUACGAGUAUAUAGUAUUUAACUUUUUACGAUAAAUAAAAUACGUAUUGAGGUGGAAAAUCAUUAUCACUUUUACUCAUUAUUCAAUCUCAUUAUUUGUAUUGUGUUUUGCAAUAUACAAAUACACUGCGUAAAAAAUUCUAUGCACAUUUUAUUUUAGCGAUUAUCGAAAUAUUAUGUACAACAUCAAUAAAUUGUUUUUAGGAAUA